AAACGGAGGGCCCAUUUUGUUUUUUUUUUUGUUUUGUUUCAGUAGCCCAACUUCACUUGCCCCCCUCUUUCCUUGGAAAGUGAAGUCGCAACCUAGAGGCGGAGAGAGGAAGAGAGACAGAGAGUCCAUAGAGCUGCUGGAAGGUGGAGCGUCUCAGGCGAGGAUCGUCACAGUUCCAGGAAACCAACUCACCAAGCAUGACCUGUAGACAAAACAGGCCGCUCUUUUAGAGUGAGGAUCAGAGGCAAAACCUCUGGGACGCAGAAAGUCUCCAAAACCCUCUAAUGAGAUGGAAAAACCUUGCGGCCGAGCCAGGUCCCCUAGAGUUGCCAAAUCAAGGUCUUCUGAAUCUCCCUCACAUUCGCCCCGUAGCAAAAGGCUAAGGAGAGCCAAAUCUGAGAAAGAGUCUGAAAGGAUAGGCGACAGGGAUCACGAUAAAAAUCACCUGAGGGGGAGUGACAGGUCCAGGCGACGGGAAACGGAAUCCGACAGACAUGGUCCAUCUGAUAGAAGAGAACGAAGAUCUGGAAGGGAUGAUAGUGCUUAUAAUAACCAGUCUUCGAAGUCCAGGCAUGGAAGGUCGGCUUCUCCAUCUGACUAUUCCCACAAGCGUCACCAAAGAUCUCGGUCACCUGCACCUGCAAAUAGGAGAGAACACGAUGAGGGGACACAGACGAGAGGCGAUGAUCACAGGAAUAUUAGCAAUGAUUCACUGGCUAAGAUGAAGGCAGCUGAGGAGGCACUUCAUUCAAAGGAGAAGGCAGUGGAAAAGCCUUCAUUUGAGCUCUCUGGAAAGCUGGCUGCAGAGACUAAUAGAGUUAGAGGCAUAACACUACUUUUCAAUGAGCCUCCAGAGGCUAGAAAACCAAAUAUAAGGUGGAGAUUGUAUGUCCUUAAGAAUGGCGAUGUGCUUAAUGAGCCCCUAUAUGUGCAUCGUCAAAGUUGUUAUCUGUUUGGGAGAGAAAGAAGGGUUGCAGACAUUCCUACAGACCACCCAUCUUGCAGCAAGCAACAUGCUGUUCUUCAGUAUAGGCAAGUCGAGACGGAGAAUUCUGAUGGUACUUUGUCCAAGCAAGUGAAGCCAUACAUAAUGGAUCUUGGGAGCACAAAUGGAACUUUCAUUAAUGAGGACCGGAUUGAACCUCAAAGAUACUAUGAACUCUUAGAGAAAGACAAUAUAAGGUUUGGCAAUAGCAGCCGUAUGUACGUCCUGCUUCAUGAGAACUCUGCCGGAUGAUGUUUGUUGAUUGACCAGCUGGAGGGUGCCAUAGAGGUGGAAAUCGAACAUUUUGCAGGAAAGGAAAGAUCAGCAUGGUGAUUAUUGUGGUAGUAUUUGUUUGCUUAUAAGAGAGAACAUCAAUGACUUUGUGUGACAAAAAGUGCAACUCUUUAGAUUUGGUGUUGACUCUCUUUUUUCUAUUGAAUAUUUUCUGUUAGGGGUCAGGUUAAUGUCAUUUCUCCCAGAAGGUGGUAAGGGGAUUAAGACAGUGACUUGUGUGUAUGGGCUGUUUCGGUUGUAAGUUGUAACUCACCAAAACCUGUAUGACAUUGGUGUGGAGGAGUAGAUUUUUAUUGACAGACGUAUGAAUAGAUCAGUAGACUUUUAAUUGACAGUCACUAUGAAGGGUAAAGAGAGCGUUAUAACUCACAUUGG